AUGGCGGUGCUUGGAUGCGGCAACAUGGGCAUUGCCAUCCUAUCUGGCAUUCUGGCUUCUCUGAACUCUCUGCGCGGGCCCAGGCCGCUUCAGUCCGACCCUUCGGCUCCUGCUGAGGAGGUUCCGGCCAGUUUGCCUACCCGAUUCAUUGCCUGUGUCCGCACCCCGGCCACUGCCAAGCGAGUGAAGAAGGAGCUCUGGCAACAUACUUCUUGCGUCAAGGUGGUACAGAAGGACAAUGUUGCGGCUGUACAAAGAUCCGAGAUCAUCUUGUUGGCCUGUAAGCCCCAUGCCAUCAAGCCUAUUCUGUCAGAGCCGGGCAUGGCCAAGGCGCUUCAUGGCAAGCUGCUGAUCAGCAUCUGUGCCGGUAUCACCGUAUCGCACAUUGAGAGCAUUCUUACAGCGUCCGAGCCAACCUCGGUGGCCGAUGCAGAUGCUGUGGAUGGCAGCGACAAGAACCGAGUCCAGAUCAUCCGCGCCUUGGCCAACACGGCCAGCGUCAUCGGUGAGGGUAUGACCGUCAUUGCCGACAGCAACGUGCCGCCGCCGCCCCAGGUCGCUACCCUGGUCACUUGGAUCUUCCGCCGCAUUGGAGAUGUCGUCUACUUGCCCGUCCACAGCAUGGAUGCCUCCACCGCUCUUGUUGGAUCUGCUCCUGCCUUCUUCUCCCUCGUGCUCGAGGCCGCCAUCGAUGGUGCCGUGGCCAUGGGUCUCCCUCGCGACGAGGCUACCCGCAUGGCCGCGCAGUCGAUGCGUGGUACUGCAGCCAUGGUGUUGGCCGGCGAGCAUCCGGCCUCCGUGAGGGACAAGGUGGCCACGCCCGGUGGCUGCACCAUUGGCGGUCUCCUCGUUCUCGAAGAGGGUGGCGUUCGAGGUGCGGUAAGCAGAGCGGUAAGAGAGUCAUCCUCUAUUGCCAGUGCCCUGGGUCGCGGCGAGACUGGUGUCAACGGGACGAGGAGGCAUGGCGGACAUCACGUGAAUAGUUGGGAGUAG